AUGCAAGUCAGAAAUAUUCAGAACAUAGCACCGAGUCUAACUGAUAAGAGUAUAAAGAUAUACUAUGAACAUGUUAUGAUGAAACCAACCAAAAUUCAAGAAAGUCAGUAUACUUAUGAAUAUCCAAGACACUGGGUAGAGUAUGUAGGAGGUGAGAAAGCUAUUGAAAUCAGACAGGUUCGAAGUAUUCCAGCAGGAAGAACAAUAUUAUUGAAGAACUUUAAUGUUUUGAGAUAUAAUGAUGAAACAAAGAAGCAAGAUA